UUGAAUAAACAUCCGGCUGUGUAGCAGAACGCAAUGACAAAACGCAGUAUAUACUAUUUUGAACGCAUUGAUCACCGUACCAUUUGUUCAUUAUUUGUAUAAAUAUAUUCUUAUUGAGGUUCCUGAAUUCAUUAAAGAAGGACAAAAUUAAAAUCACUGUGAAAGAUAUUAUGGCAAACGGAGCGAAAUGGUGAAAAUUUAAACGGCAGAAGGUUGGGAGAACAUGGAUGUCAAUGAAAAAGCAGACGCAUCUCCUGUGGAGGAUGUCAGACCUGUCUUCUUUAUGGGGGAAGAUAUCCUAGUCAAGCCAGGACUUCCUCAGAAUGAACACUAUCUAGAUGAAAUGAAAAAGAUAACUGUUGGAAUCUGUGCUAUGAGUAAGAAAUCCAACUCUAAGCCAAUGAAUGAAAUCCUCACUCGACUCCAUAAACACAUGCAGCUGAACACACUGUUAUUUGAUGAGGAUGUUAUCCUCCAUAAUCCUGUAGAUGAAUGGCCAAUUGUUGAUGUACUCAUCUCUUUCUUUUCUGCAGGAUUUCCUUUAGAUAAAGCUAUUGCAUACACAAACCUAAGGAAGCCAUUUGUUGUAAAUGAUCUAGAAUCACAAUACACUUUACUAGAUAGAAGAGAGGUCUACAAGACUCUGAUGAAGCAUGGUAUACCUCAUCCAAGAUACUCUGUUCUCAAUAGAGACAAAGGGCCAUUAUCUACAUCUUAUACAAUCACUGACAAUGAAGAUGCUAUAGAGAUUGAGAACCAAGUUUUCCAUAAACCAUUUGUAGAGAAACCAGUAUCAGCUGAGGACCAUAAUGUCUACAUCUACUUCCCUGCUGCAGCUGGAGGAGGCAGUCAGAGGUUGUUUAGGAAGAUCGGGUCAAGAAGUAGUAUAUACUCUAACUGUAGUUACUUACGGAACUCAGGAUCUUAUAUCUAUGAAGAAUUUAUGCCUACUGAUGGAACUGAUGUCAAGGUGUAUACAGUUGGCCCAGAUUAUGCUCAUGCUGAGGCCAGGAAAUCUCCAGCAUUAGACGGGAAGGUAGAGAGGGAUAAGAGUGGUAAAGAAAUUCGUUAUCCUGUCUUACUUAGUGCCAAAGAUAAACUACUUGCCAGGAAAGUCUGUCUUGCCUUUAAACAAAAUGUAUGUGGAUUUGACUUACUGAGAGCUAAUGGCCAGUCUUAUGUCUGUGAUGUCAAUGGUUUUAGUUUUGUCAAGAACUCAACUAAAUAUUAUGAUGAUUGUGCCAAAAUCUUAGGAACUAUGAUAAUGAGAGCUAAAGCUCCACAGUUACAUAUACCAUGGGUUCUAGGUUCAGCACCAGAAGAUAUACCAGUAGUGCCUACAACAUCAGGGUCCAUGAUGGAACUACGUUGUGUGGUAGCUGUUAUUCGCCAUGGUGACAGAACUCCUAAACAGAAAAUGAAGAUGGAAGUUAAACAUAAAAGGUUCUUUGAUCUAUUUAAAAAGUAUGAUGGCUACAGGACAGGUCACUUAAAACUAAAGAAGCCAAAACAAUUACAGGAAGUACUGGACAUAGCAAGAUUUCUGUUAGAUGAACAUCAUGCUAACAGUGAUCCAGAGAUAGCAGAGAAAAAGGUCAAGUUACAACAACUCAAACUUGUACUAGAAAUGUACGGCCAUUUUUCUGGAAUAAAUCGUAAGGUUCAACUGAAGUAUCAACCUUAUGGUCACCCAAAGAAAUCAUCAAGUGAAGAGGUUUUUGACUUAGAAAUUGAAACUGGAGACAGCGGUGAUGAUAUACCUAGACCGCCAUCCUUGUUACUGAUUGCAAAAUGGGGAGGGGAGUUAACUCCAGCUGGAAAAAUACAAGCAGAGGAUCUUGGGAAAGCAUUCAGGACACUUUAUCCAGGAGGUCAGGGUCAGUUUGAGACACCAGGACUUGGUUUCCUUCGAUUACAUAGUACAUUCAGACAUGAUUUGAAGAUUUAUGCAUCAGACGAAGGCCGAGUUCAGAUGACAGCAGCUGCAUUUACCAAGGGUAUGUUAGCAUUUGAAGGGGAGUUAACUCCAAUCUUGGUCCAGAUGGUAAAGAGUGCUAACACUAAUGGUCUACUUGACAAGGAAGGGGAAUCUAAACACCAGCACAUUUUACCUCUUGAGUUGUUACGGAGAUUGUCUUGUUCAAAACAAGCUAUUGUAAAAGCCAGAUUGACACAGAUCCUUAAUGAAGACAAGGAUAUUAGUGAAGAUGAAAUACAGAAACUUGCACCAACUAAAAAUGAGUCUUUGGUUAAAGCAUUAGACUACAUUAAGAAUCCCAGAAAAUUUUGUGAAUAUGUUUAUGCAAUGGUGCAGGAAUUGACAAAUAAAGUUAGAAAUCUGAAGCUGGAACACCGAACCAGAGAUCUAAAGUUAUAUAAUGGAGAAUCCUGGGAACUGUUGAUAAGGAGAUGGGCAAAGCUAGAAAAAGAUUUCAGAAUGAAAGAUGGACGAUUUGAAAUUAGUAAAAUUCCUGAUAUAUAUGAUUGUAUCAAGUAUGAUCUACAACACAACCAGAAAACAUUACAGUAUGAGAGAGCGACUGAGUUGUUUAAAUAUUCUAAAGCUUUGGCAGAUAUAGUUAUUCCACAGGAGUAUGGUAUAACAGUAGAAGAGAAGCUACAUAUUUCCCAGAAUUUAUGUACACCAUUGAUGAGAAAGAUCAGGAGUGAUAUAGAACAAUGUGUUAUGCCUGAUCCUGACGACGAAAGCACCAGACUAAAUUCUCAAUAUUCCAAAGGAGUUUCCUCUCCUGAGAGAUUUGUCAGGACAAGGCUGUAUUUUACCAGUGAGAGCCACAUACAUUCCUUACUGAACAUGUUACGAUUUGGAGGACUCUGUAAUGAGAAUAAUGAUGAACAAUGGGAGAAAGCUAUGAAUUAUCUGAGUGCUACAUCAGAACUGAACUAUAUGACACAGAUUGUUAUUAUGAUGUUUGAAGAUCCCACAAAGGAUCCAUCCUCUGAUGAGAGAUUUCAUAUAGAACUUCAUUUUAGUCCUGGAGCUUACACCUGUACAGAUAAAGCAUUCUCAUUCCCACUGGGGUCAGGAUGUCGGACAGCAUCCAAUAUCAACAAAAACAUAGUAAAGAAGAGUAAUGAAGUACCUAUGACUUUGGAUGAGAAAAGGCAGGAAAUCGUUAAAAACAAGCAUUUUGACAGACCAGUGUCUGCUCCAAUGGUUAUCCAGGAAACAGAGGAGUUAGAGGAGUCAGAAAUUGUAGAAUCAAAAAUGAAGAAAAAUAAAACUACACCUGGCUCUCCAGAUGAGAGUACACCAGAGUGGGAUUGGGGAGAAGAUAGUAAAUCAACAGAAACACUUACAUCAGAGACUAUCAAUAAAUCACCUGAACCCUGGAAUCCCACCUUUCUCAACAUAACAAAGCCACAGAGUAGAUGUUUCUCAGCACCAAUGGUAAUAAAAGAGACUAAUGAGGAGUUUGAAGAAUCAGAAAUGUUUGAUUCUGGUCAUUUAAAGAAUAAGAAGCAGACCUCUAUUGAGCCCCAGUCUCCAGACCCUAAUAUACCAGAGUGGGACUGGGGAGAUGGGUCUGAUUCAAAGAAAAGUAGUGUUUCUCCAGAUAAGGAUAAUGAGAGCUUUGAACAGGGUAUAACAGACAGCCUUAGUAAAAGUGUUUCUCAGCCCAUCCCAAUACAGUCAGAACAAGCUGGUAUUGACUCUAGAGCUAAUUUAGACAAAGGUAAAGAAACAACUCACACAUUAGGCAGUGUAUAUCUUGAAGAUGUUAUUUUUCCUAAAUCCAUAAAAUCCCAGAGUCUAGAAGAAAAAAGAAGUCGUAGUUUAGAAGAUAAGAAUCCCAAAGAUCCAAGGACAGAUUACUUUGUUGAAAGACAAUACCUCACUGUACAUCUACCUAUAGCAACAGAUAAACACCGUCACUCAUUUUCUAGUCUUUUUUAUCUCAACCCAGAAGCAUUUAAAGGAUUAGAAGACAAGACCGUGAGAGAAAUGAUUCGAGCCAAGUCUGCCUCGUUUAUCACUAGUCCUGCUUUUGAAGGUUUUAACAUGGUGCCAUCAAUCAGGGCAUUAGAGACUCUACAUCAUAAUUUGACAAUGGCACAGUUGUCAGAUUUCCUGAGACGAGCAACAACGAAGAAAUUCAUGAAUCCUACUCCAAUUGAAUCCCCUGGAGGAUCAAUGACAUUUAGAGGUGUAGGACCAAGUUUGCCAUCCUCUAGCAAUUCCAGUGCAGGACCAUCUUCUCCAACGACAAAUUCUACACCGGUAGAUAUCAUGAACAAACUGAAGUAUUACAUAGACAAACAGAAAAUAGAGAGAAAGGACAGCUCCAGUAGUGUGGAUAAACAAAGAACAGAAAGUGGUAGCGAGACGGAAAGACAAAGUCAAACUACUGAGAGUAUUACCAGUGACAUGGAUUAUCAAAGGACCUAUAGUAUAAGUAGCGAAACAGACACAAGUAGUCGAAGUCAACGAACAGAAAGUCUCAGCAGUGAAUUUGGUAGUCUGAGACUCGAUAGUGAUGCUGAUAAAAGUUCAAAAAGUUUGAAUAGUUACAAUGGAAAAACAAGUAAUAAGAAUUCAAAUAAUGAGUUGAACUGUGUAGUUGAUGAAGGUAGUAAACAGAGUCAAACUAAGGAAAGUUGAUGUACAAUAAAUCUAUAUUGCAACAUGUUCUGACAUUAAGGUGGUACAUAACACUACAAGGAGAUAACUCUGUAAAAAUCAGCUGAACGAUUUAAUAACAUUCUAUUGUUAAAGAAAUAUUAAGCUUCUCAAUGAUCAAAAUUAGUGUUUGUCAAACUGCUAUAUAUCCAAUGAAAUUUUUCCAAUAAAGUGUGUGGUUCAAGUUGUUUGAAUUUUUUAUAUUUUUGUCAAAGUGUCAAAGUUAAUAUUUUGUCAAAAUUUUAUGAAAGUUAAGAGAGCCAAAUUGAUGUUAGUCAAGGUGUUUGGUACCACCUUAAUAGACAAUAUUUCUAUCUUUUCUCUUAAAUCCAUGUUGUUGAAUUUUAUUCACAUGUUAAUUAAGAUCUCAUAGGCUAAAGAAAUAUCUACAAAUUCUUAUAACGGCAUAAUAGAUGUUAAUAAGAUGAUCUUGUUGAUAGUCAAUUUUAUGUUAUGUUAUGUUAUCCCUGACUUCAUUACAUCCCUAGAUGGAUAGUAGGGGAAUUGUUAUGGAAUUUAUAAUGUGCUUCCUUGUUCAUUAAUCUUAUAAAGUUCUUUGAAUUAUAAUUGUGAUUUUAGAAAAGUUCUUGUAUUUUGUGAUAUUCAAAUACCAAAAAGGGUUUGUUAGAUUU